CUUCCCGGGAGCCGCUCCGUCUGCUGCAGCAACGGGGCGGGGCUGCCUCCCGCGGGUCAGCUGAGCGAGCAGGGCGACCAAGUCCGGGAGCAGGGCAAGGCAGGCUGCCCUCUUCGCCCCGCGGGGACGCGCCGACAGGCCACACAAGCUGCGGGUGGCAUUAUUGGUGAAUCUUUUGUUUAUGACCUAGUGUGCAUCGUCCCAAUCAGCUAUGGCGUACAAUGCAGGCAUUGCUGGUGACGCUAACCAGUUAGCACAACGUAUCACUUCAAAUAUCCAGAAAAUCACACAAUGCACUGCAGAAAUACAAAGAGUAUUGAAUCAACUUGGAACGCCACAAGACACGCAUGAAUUGCGGCAACAGCUGCAGCAGAAGCAGCAGUAUACAAACCAACUUGCCAAAGAGACAGACAAAUACAUUAAGGAGUUUGGAUCUCUGCCUUCAAUAAGCGAGCAGCGUCAGAGAAAAAUACAGAAGGACCGACUUGUGAAUGAGUUCACCACAGCACUGACGAACUUCCAGAGGGUCCAAAGACAAGCUGCUGAGAAAGAGAGAGAAAUUGUAGCCAGAGUGCGAGCCAGCUCUAGGGUAUCAGGUGGUGCCCCAGAGGAAAGCUACAAAGAAGGAACACUUGUGUCCUGGGACAGCCAGCCUCAGACCGAAGUACUAGAAGAAGAAAUCACAGAAGAUGACCUUCGUCUUAUUGAGGAGAGAGAGUCUGCCAUCAGGCAGCUUGAGGCAGACAUUUUGGAUAUUAAUGAAAUAUUUAAAGAUCUGGGGAUGAUGAUUCAUGAACAAGGAGAUGUGAUAGACAGCAUAGAAGCCAAUGUAGAAACAGCUGAAGUCCAUGUCCAGCAAGCAAAUCAGCAGUUGUCCAGAGCAGCAGACUACCAGCGCAAGUCCCGCAAGAAAUUGUGUAUCCUCAUUCUUGUGCUUGUUGCAGGAGCAACUAUCCUUGGCCUCAUCAUCUGGGGAGCAACAAAAUCAUGAUUUCCUAAAACACGUAGUAGAGUUUCCAGUCAUGUCUCAUUGUGAAGCUGUUCAGUAAAUGAUAUGCCCAUCUUUAUCACUUCUGCUUUGUCACAAGAUGCAUUUUUAAUCCACGAGUGCUUCCCCAUCAGCUUGUGUAGUACGAUUAAUUUGAAUUCAUUGUGGCAAUGUAACUUGCCAAUACUCGAUCAAGGUAUAGGCAACUUCUUAUAUGGUGCUUACUACUCUUCUCUUUACCUCCAGGUGUAGAUCUAUUGAUCAAGUAGGCCAGGCUUACACACACACACACACACACACACACACACACAGUUAUCUUGCAAGGUCAUUCAGUUGAACCCUUUGGAGGCCUCAUAGAGGGGCUUGUGAGCAGGAUGCAAAUUGUCAAACACACUGUUUGAUAUGUCAGCUUAAAUAGGGCCAAGUUAAUUUACUGCAACAAUUAAUUCAUCAAUCACUUUCAAUGACUGUUACUAUUAACCUGUAUGUCUGGACUAAGUGAAACUUUACUUUGCUUCUCAUUUCUGAGAUCACACACACACACACACACACACAUAUGGUCCCAAGGAUUUCUUUCCAUAAACUAGUGGAAAUCUCUGUCCACUAACUCUCUGCACAGUUCAAAUCUAAUAACUGGGCUACUGGAGGAUGGAGCCUUGCUUCUGUUGUUAUCUCUCUGACUUAAUCUUUCUGAAACUUUUUUGGAUUAAAUGUGCAGUUUCUGUUUUUACAAAAGAGCGAUAUCUUUCUCUUCAUAUUUUGAUAUUAAAAACAUGAUACUGGGUAUCAGCAAACUUGGCAAAGGCUAAUCUAGCAAAAAAGGGUUUGAUAAUGAUAGGCUGUGUGUUUGUACUUAUCUUUAAAAGAUAAGUCUUUGGAAUACAUUUAAAAUUUUGCUAAGAUUUGCACCUUAAUUUAUGUACUUGUUAGGUAGUUGAAGUUCAAAGUAUAUGGGCAAAAUUAAUAUGUAUAGUGGCUUAGCUUCAAACUUGGCUCUCUGAUUUGAAUCUCCAAUAAUGUACACAUUCCUAACUAGAAAACUGUUUUUAGUUGGUUUGUGGCUCAAGGCAACACAGCUGGAUUGGGGCAGUGGGGGAUUCACAAUCAUGGAUUUGUACAUCUGUACAAGAUCCCCCACAGGACCAACGCAGCUGAGAAGAAGGAAGCCAUUUGGAUUGGGAAUACAGCAUGGGGACAGGAUCAACCAUGUCCCAUUUCAUGGCCCCAAUCUGAAGGGGAAAGGGUUUGCCUCUGUAUUUACCCUUUAAAAACAACAACAGAUGAUCUGGUGAUGGGUAACCUCACUAUCUUUACUACUUUGGUCUUCAUAUUCCUGUAUAUGAUGGUGACUAGUGAAAAUUCUGAGUUGUGUACUGCUUGAAUUCAGGGCUCUCAGGCCAAUAUAAACAUCAAACCUGGUGUUUUUGUUUUUAACAAAGUGAUUGAUCCCUCAUUGUAUUAGUAAGUACUAGGAGUCCAGAACAGAGUUUGGAAAGUUUUGACUUCCAGAUGAUUAAGCUGAAUUUAAUUCUCUCAAGUCCUGAGGUUUUUUUAUUAAAAGAAAAAAAACUUGAUUAUUAUUAUUAUUGGUUCCAUUUUGUAGUAACAUAUAUUGGAAAAGUUAUUCAUUGUUAUCUGCGAACUAAUCAGGUUAUUUUUUAAUAUAUUAUUGAAGUAAUUAAAAUGUAUUGCACAAAUAUUAUCUCUAGCUUAUACAUCUUUUGUAUGCAGUUUGAUAGAGAAGCAAUGUUUACAUGAUAAGCUCUGAGACUUGAGAUUUGGGGAAAACUGAAAGUAUCUACAAUCUAAAUUUGGAUUGCACCAUCUAAAUAAAGGCAAUUUUGAAAGUGAA